GCAGAAACAUAACCAUAGUUAAUUAAAAUGAACGUUUAAAAGUAGAAAUACUUAGUCAAACUGAACUUAAGAAAUGUCUAAGGAAGCCCGUUAUGGUUUAUUAUACAGUGAAUACGAGUUUUCUCCUUACUUCCGAAUUCCUUUUGAAAAGUUUGCACUGAUUACUGUAUGCUUCCCUUUGUUAGCAUUUGUAUUUUGUAUUGGUUACUCCGUCCUUUUUAAUUUCGAGAGUGCUACAUACACGCAUUGUCAAGUGUAUAAUAUGUUACCCUCCAUAUCUGCAGCUAUUGGAAAUUUUUCUCCACAAAGAGAAAUUUGGCAAGGUGCCAUAGCAAUACACGCUGCCCCAAGGUUUUACAUAGCAGUCGAGUAUUUACACCACCAUUUUAGUGUUCUGUUUCCUCAGGAUAUAUGGAUUGGACAGAUAGCUUUCUUUUUAAACGUCGUGGAAAACAUAGCACUGAUAACAUUAUCGUUUUUCACUUCGUCAAAGUUCUAUGCUGUGCACGAGAAGGCGUUCAUUACUUUUAUCCUGGGAUCGGAAAUGUACAUGGUUUUAACAUGUAUUCUGCAGAGUAGGUACAAAAAACAGUCUCGAGUUAGUUUGAAGUGGAAAAAACGUUUCUUAGCUACUAAUAUAAUGUGCAUUGUUGCUGCUGUGUAUUUUUUCAUGAGGCACAAUUCGCUGUGUGAACCUUAUGUGUACACACUGUUUGCUUUAUCGGAGUAUAUAGUUGUACUCUCCAACAUGGCGUUUCAUCUGACUGCCUAUUUUGAUUUUGAAAACAAAGAUUUAGUAGUUUAUAAACAUGGUGUCGCUCUAACAGAGAGAUAAUAUUUGGUUAUAUAGCUAGUCAUUUAAUUUAUCGUAUUACAGGAGUAAAUGGUAAGUUUUAUAAAAACAUGUAAUUUGUUUUGGAUUCAAACAAUUUAGUUGAGUGAUUUUUAUUUUUCUUACACAGGUAUUCCGUUUAUUGAUAAAGGCAGUUUAUUAUUUAUUAUUAAGAAUUUAUUUCAGAUCGCCAUAACAGAUGUUUUUAAAAUGACAAUCUUUUAUAUCAAGUAAUACUGAGAUGGAAAUUUCAUAAAAUAAAAGUUUUUCUUUUCUUAUCUGUGAAAAAAUAAUUGAAAUAAACCCUUGUGUCAAAAAGAUCAAUUUUUGUGAAGACACUUUUGCCUUGCUAAAAAUAAUUAAAAAGGAAAAGUUAUAAUUUCGGAAAACAGAUUUUCGAAAUAUUAACAACUUUUUAUAGUGCGGGAUCUCUAGGGAUGUUUAUUGUGUUUGUUUGCUUUUUUUGUGUCAAAUUUUUAGUGAAGCAAAACUAUUUUCACAAAAAUGUCUGACUGAUCCUUUUAGCGGAAGGCUUUAUUUCAUUACGUAUUUUUUUAAUUUUUUCACAUGUGUACUGUACUACCCAAUAAAUAAGGAAAAAAUAAAAGUGUUGCAUAAAAAAUUGGAAAUGGAUGUGACAAUUUACUUUUUUGCAUAAUAACAAUAAAUAAUAAGCUGCUUUUCUAUACAAACAUUUGUGAUUUAUUUACUCUAAAACGACCUGAACAGGGUGAAUUUUUUUAUAUCGAUAUUUACAUUUUUAUAUGAAGUUUUAUCUUUUUUUUUAAACUUAUGGGGCAUUAUGGUUAGUUUUUAUGAAUAGAUGUAUCACACUUUUUAUAAACUUGCCAUAAAAUGUAUGAGUGUUUCAAAACUGGAAGUCAUUACUAUAAAUAGUUAUCGGAAACAUCAACUUCUUAUCUUAGUCUGGAUUAAUAAAUGAUUUGAUAUACAUUAUGGAAUGACAAAUGCUGGCAUUUGAAUUUCAAGGAAAAAUGUAGUUUUUUAACUGAUUGAAUUUUGAAAAUGUGAUAUUUAAGCAUUAAAUUUAUUAUUUUUAUGUUCUGCAUCUGGUUUAUGAAAAAUCAAAAGAAACAGUUUUGAAACAUUUUAUUUUAGAUAGGGACGAACCAAGUAUUUUGAAAAUUGUGAUUUUAUAUAUUUUUUUAACGCUACUGAAUGACCAUUAAGCAGUAGGAUAGUUACUCUUUUAAAUAUUGUACAUAUGUAAAAAAACUUUUAACUUAUUUUUAUUUUAUGUGUAUUAUAUAAAUACUUCUAUAAAAUUAUGAGUAAUUCAUCAACAUUAAAAUUUUACAAUUUUUUUGGUCACAUUUGGUAUUAUUUCCACAUAUCUUAAAAUCAAAAUUUGUUAAAAGGAAAUUUAAAAUAUUUAUGAUAAAAAAUGUCAUAAUUUUAUACCAGGUGUAUUCUGUUCAUACUUUUCAUAUAAUAAAAUUAUCAUGAGUACCUGUAUUGUCCUCUGUUUUAUUUAAAUUGAUAUUUUUGCUUUAAUUAAGGAAGCAAAAAUGACAUUUUAUACAAACCAGGAGAGAAUAUUUGUCAUAAUAUAUCGCACUAUUUUAUAUAUCUAAUAUAAAUGCACCUUUUUUCUGUGCCAAAGUGUAAUAUUCAUAUAACAAUAUAAUAUUAUCUGCACUUAUGGAGACCCAGCAGGCAUUUUGACAAAUUAAUUUUAGAUAUUUCGAAAAUGAAUAUCCAAAUAGCGAAGCCAGAUGGUUAUAUAAAAAUAAUGUGCAAACAUUAAUUAUCAUAUUUUUACCACAGAUAUUUCUAUUUACUAAACAUUUAAAUGGCAAUGUAUCGUAAAUAAAAAUAGGGUAUACCCAGAGUCAUUAGAGAAAAGUAUUUAUGGAAGAAGCAAGUCUCCAAACAUGCAAUAAUGAGAUAAUAAAGUGUACUUAUAAUAGUGUAGAAUUUGUAUACUAUCUUCAGUUAUAGUUAUUUUUAAUCAAUUGUUUGAAAUUAUUCAAAUUGUCAAACUGCCUUCUGUGGCUAUUCCAUGAAGUACCACUCGUUUAAAACCGAAAGCUGUUUUAACGUGGGUGAAAAUAAAUUGUAUAUAUUUGUUAAAUAUUUUUCUAUGUAUAAGGAUAUAAACAUGUACGUUUGUACGCUUUUCCACAGUAUAUCUUCAGUGUUUUCACUGUAAUCUAACAUAUCAUAUUUUCCCACAUUUUCAAUUAAAUAUAAUUUAUGUUGAAA